GGUACAGUCCUCGCACGGGCUAGAGUGCUACCUUGACGAGAGCUGGGCGGUUCCAUUAUAUAGGGAUGGGGGACCGGCUCCUCCGCUGCUUUUCCUGAGAAGAAGCUUCCUCUGCUGCCUUUGCGGCCGGCGCAGAAUUGGCAGGCCCUGACGGGAGCCAGGCGCAGGCUAUGCUGCUGCCUCAUGGAAGGCGAUGGGAUCGCUGUGCGGAGGACGCGGGAGCGGCGGCCACGACGACGGUCCUGUUCGUUUGGCAAAAGGAGCCGCGACCGGGCCUGCUCCCGGUCGCCGCCCGCCCGCAAGAAACUGAGCUCCGGCGGAGAUGGGGGCGUUCAGGAGGGACCGGUGGCUGAGGACAUUGAUAGUGAAAAUGACAUGUUUGGGGACUACGAUAGCAUUCUUGGCAACAUGUUGCUAGAUGAAGUAAAUGAUAUAGAGCAAAAAUGCAUGCAGUCCAUUGAUGAUGGUCUGGAAUCUAAAAACCUAGAUGUUCAGCUACAGAAUGCCAAGAAUAAGAUACAGACAUUUUCAGCUUCCAACGGAGGAGAAAGUGAUUCCUCAAGGACUAAGAAAGGACAGCAGAAUAGCAGCCUGAGCCCUCAAGAGGAUAGUCUAGAAAACUUGCCAUCAUCACAACUUUUAUGUCUUGAAAAAUUAGACGAAUGUUUAGUUUGUCCUAACAAAGCAGAAAAUGUGAAAGAAAGAGCCUCUUGCAUGAAUCUGAGUACCGAUAAGGUAUCUGAUCUACCUUAUUGCCAUGAUACAGAGUAUGCUAUUGACCAUAGCAAACAAGCUGCAGGUGCAUUGUCUGAACCAAGUAGGAGAAAGAGUCUCAAAGAUCAUCUCAAAAGUGCAAUGACGGAAAAUGCCAGAACUUCAACUCCACUGAUGUCUAAAAGUAAACAGCUCAAAGAAGCUGUUGUCUCUGAAGAGGCUAGUGUCGCUGAGAAAAACUGCCAAACCUCAAUUGUGGAUAUUGGUCCUUUUUAUGGCUUACCCACUAAAGUCAAGGAGCUGCUACUACAGUUCAGAGGAAUUGAGAAACUUUAUGACUGGCAGCAUGCUUGCUUGACAUUAGAAUCACUGCAACAAAGAAAGAAUUUAAUAUACUGCUUGCCAACCAGUGGUGGAAAAACACUUGUUGCUGAAAUUUUAAUUCUUCAAGAAUUACUCUGCAAGCAAAUGGAUGUUUUAAUGAUCCUUCCUUAUGUGGCUAUAGUUCAGGAGAAGGUUGGGGGUUUGUCAAAUUUUGGAAUGCAGCUAGGAUUUCUUGUUGAAGAAUAUGCAGGAAGUAAAGGAAGAUUUCCUCCAAUCAAAAGAAGGCUGAAGAAAUCCCUUUACAUUGCAACUAUUGAGAAAGGACACAGCCUGGUGAAUUCAUUGAUAGAAACAGGACGAAUCAGCAACCUGGGUCUAGUUGUAGUCGAUGAGUUGCACAUGCUUGGAGAAGGAAGUCGUGGAGCUGUUCUAGAAAUGACACUCACAAAGAUUCUCUAUGCAAGCAAAACUACUCAAAUCAUUGGAAUGAGUGCAACUUUAAGCAACGUUGAAGACUUGCAGCAGUUCCUGAAAGCAGAAUACUACACAAGUAAUUUCAGACCAGUAGAAUUGAAAGAAUAUGUUAAAAUGCAAGACAGCAUCUAUGAGAUUGAUAGCAAAGCAGAAAAUGGCUUUACAUUUUCACGUCGUCUUAACUUCAAGUAUUCUAGCAAUCUGCAGAAGACGGACCCUGACCACCUUAUAGCUCUGGUGGCAGAAGUUAUUCCAAAGUAUUCCUGUCUUGUUUUCUGUCCUACUAAAAAGAACUGUGAAAAUGUAGCAGAAAUGAUAUGCAAGCAUUUGAAGAGAGACUAUAGAAAGCACAAGGAGAAAGAAAAAAUGGAUCUCAUUAUAGUCUUGACAAAUAUCUCCAAUGGAAGACUUUGUCCAAUACUGAAGCGAACCAUUCCCUUUGGAAUUGCUUAUCACCAUAGUGGUCUUACCAGUGAUGAAAGAAAACAAAUAGAAGAAGCGUAUUCUUCUGGCGUCCUCUGUCUCCUAACCUGCACAUCUACUCUUGCUGCUGGAGUAAACUUGCCAGCUCGAAGGGUUAUUUUAAGAGCUCCAUAUGUUGGUACAGAAUUCUUGAAGAAGAACCAGUAUAAGCAGAUGAUUGGCAGAGCUGGUCGUGCUGGUAUUGAUGAAGCUGGUGAAAGCAUUCUUAUAGUGCAAGAGAAGGACAGACAACUGGUUCAAAACCUGGUGUCCAGCCCCAUAGAAAGCUGCUGCAGUAACCUCCUGCUUGAGUGGAAUAAGGGUAUCCGAAGCCUUCUUUUAUCAUUGGUUGGAUUAAAGAUAGCAACCAGUUCUGAAGAGAUUUAUCAGUUCAUGUGUACUACCCUGUUCAGCAUCCAGCCACAACUUUUGCCUGAAGGAAAAAGCCUCCGGGAUGUAACCAUGGAAGUGUUACAAUGGGUGAAACAAAGCGGGCUCAUAAAAGAGAGAGCAAGCUCAGACACUGAGCAAAAUGUUCACUGUAAGCUAGAGAUCACUCCAUUGGGCCAAGCCGCUUACAAAGGGUCUGUCGAUCUGGCACAUUGCAACACACUGUAUGCCGACCUGAAGAAAGGGCUUCAGGGGCUGAUCCUGGAAAGCUGCCUUCACUUGCUCUACCUGACAACACCGUAUGAUAUGAUUCCUCAGUGCAGCCCCAAUUGGAUGAUCUAUUUUAGACAGUACAGUCAGCUAAGUCCAGUAGAACAACAGGUAGCUAACAUUGUCGGAGUGCCAGAGAGUUUUAUUACCAAAAAGGCAUCUGGACAAGCCAUCAAAAAGGAUGUGGAGACUAGUGCUGUGGGCAGACUGUACUUGUCCUUCAUUCUUCAUGCCUUGCUAAAAGAGACCAAUGUGUGGAACGUGGCAGAAAAAUUUAACACAUCGCAAGGAUUUGUUCAAACCCUUCUCAAUUCAGCUGCUUCAUUCUCCUCCUCAGUGCUGCAUUUCUGCGAGGAGCUGAAUGAAUUUUGGGUUUAUAAAGCUCUCUUGACAGAACUCACCAAGAGACUGACCUAUUGCGUUAAGGCAGAGCUUGUUCCUCUUAUGGAGGUGUCAGGGGUUUUAGAGGCUCGAGCUAAACAAUUAUACAAUGCAGGAUACAAAACUUUAGCACACUUGGCUAAUGCAGAUGCAGAAGUGCUGGUGAAGACUAUUGAGCAUUUGUCCAGACGUCAGGCCAAACAGAUUGUUUCAUCUGCAAAGAUGCUCCUGGCUGAAAAGGCUGAAGCUUUGCAAGAAGAAGUCGAUGAAUUACUGAAAAUACCAACAGACAUUCCUUGAGGCUUCCUGAUCACUGUUCCAUAUGAAUCUGAGAAUUAAAGAUCAUCUUCUACCCUAACAGCUUAUAGUUUGCAGUAUAUAGUCAUGUAAUUAAAUUUGUUUUGGUCAUAAUAAACACUCAAAAUACUUCUAUAUAUUUCCUGUCCCAUUACAAACCAAAAUGGAUUUGUUAUUGUUGCCAUUUUCAACCACCUUAUUAUUGACCUCAUGCCUAAUGAUGACUGUCAACUUAGCCUGUUAUCAUUUUUUUUCAUUCUUAAAUCUGUUCCUGUUUCAUCUCUUUAAGCAUGGCUCUAACAUGAACUUGUUGGGAAGAUGGGCUUUCCAGAGCAAACAUCAGUGUCUUGGGCUGUCCUGAAUAUAUCAGAUAAAAUCAGAUGACUUGCCUGUACUGUGGAAAUCAAAGUAUCCAAUAAAAAUGUAUUUUAAUAGC